AGCAGUAAAGUCAGAAUUGGUCAUUCUCUGAAUGAGGGAGAGAAGCAGCAUGUUAGCCACAGGAGAGAGACUGUUCUACAGUGUUUACAGAGACACAAGAUCCACUGCAGUCAGGAUACAGUACCCAAAAUUGCACUGCUGGGCUCUGGAGGAGGUGAGCGAGCCAUGCUGGGGUUACUGGGAUCACUGGCUCAACUUGGGAAGUGUGAUCUACUGGACUGCAUGCUGUAUCUGAGUGGAGUCUCAGGAUCCACUUGGUGCAUGGCGUCUUUAUACAAAGAGCCAGACUGGUCCACCAAACUGGAUGCUGUGCAGGAGAAAAUCAUUAAAAGGCUUGAUGGUCCUGGAGUCAGCGGGUUGGAUGCUUUGACAAAACUGCACAAAUACUGGGAAAAGAAGGACAACUUCUCCCCGACAGAUGUCUGGGCUGCAAUAAUUGUCACUACGAUCAUGAAAGAGGUUGAUGAGAAAACUAUAAGCAGUCAGAGAGGAAAUCACAGCAAAGACCCAUAUCCCAUCUACACUGUGAUAGACAAAGAAUGCAAAUAUGACAGACUGUUCAAAGAUGCCUGGUUUGAGAUUACACCUCAUGAAGCUGGAUACUCCCUAACUGGGGCUUUUGUGGACUCAGUCUGCUUUGGAAAUCGGUUUGAAAAUGGAAAAUUGAUGAAAGAGCAGCCUGAGAUUGACAUGCUGUAUCUACAAGGACUCUGUGGCAGUGCCCUAGCUGACAGGGAGGAGAUACUAAAGCAAAUCCAGAAGUGGAUCAAACGCUUCAUUAGCCAUGAGCAGUACUCCUCCCCCGGCUGCCAAGUUCUCUUAACCUUACUGGAGCUGAACAUUUGUGUUCUGAGAGAUAAAGAGCACACAAGUCUGACUGCAAAGUUGAAUAAACUGCUGAAGGAGAGGCAGGAUAAACAUGAGAAGGAGAUCUUUAUCAUGCUGAUAGCAGAAGAGAAACUGUCCAAGGAGAAAGUCAAGGAUUACACCCUGCACAUAUGCUGCUCAUUCUGGAAUUGGUUCGAGGAAAUGUGUAACAAGACAUGGAUUGCCAUUGUCAGGGCUAUAGAGCAUGUCAUGCACUGGAUCUGGGGAACAACAUACAAUUUCCUCCAUGAUACAGAAGUGAAAGAUGUGCACCCCUUUGUUCUCAGAGAGGAGAAGAGGUAUUUUGAGGAUGCUGGGCUGCUGAUCAACUCACCCUAUUUCCCAAUGCUGAGAGAGGAGAGAGACAUCGAUCUCAUCAUCUCCCUUGACUUCAGUGCUGGAGACCCCAUGGAGACAGUGCUAAGAACUGCUGACAUGAGCAAGGCCUUGAAGAUCCCUUUUCCAGAGGUGAAACUGCCAGAUGAUACUUCUGAGCCAGACGACUUUUACGUUUUUGAAGGUCACAAAAAAGCUCCAACUGUGAUCCACAUCCCCCUUUUCAACAAAGUCAACUGUGAUGGUCAAAUUAAAGAGUGGGCAAAAAGAUUUCACACUUUUAAAGGGCCCUACACCCAUGACAUGACCAUCGACCUGAUUAAGAAAGCAGGCGAGAAUGUGAUAAACACCAAGGAAAAAAUACUGAAACAGAUUAUGAAGCUUGUUGAGCAAAAGGAAGCCAAAAUGCACUAG